AUGGAGGAAGUUUUAAUUGCACUCCGUAAGAUCCAAAAAGACCUCGAUGAACAAAAAAAGGAAAUAACUAAGAAUGGGGAAAAAGUAACCGAACAAGUUACUGAAAAUAUAAUUAAAAUAUUGGAUGACAAGUUCAAAUCAUGGGAAGAAAAUCAGGCAGAUCUUAAAAGAAAAUGGAAAACCAAGAACAAAGAUUACAAUUACUCGAAAAACAAGCUAGAUAUAGAAAAACCACCUGAAAAAAGAAAAAGGAACACCUCUAUAUCACCACCAAGUAGUUCAAGCUUACAUAAUAUGCCACGCAACAAUCAACCACCAAAGAAAAACAACCGGCUGGUCACCGAGGAAGAGUACGACUACAACCCUCCAAAGAUACUAUCAUCAGAUCAACUUAAAAUAUUUGAAAGAAAAAAUAAUCAGCUCUACAUAUUAACCUACAAUGUUAGAACUCUUUCGUCUUAUGAUAAAAUAUUAGAAAUGGAAAAUGCAUUAGCGCACAUAAAAUACGAUAUAAUAGGCUUAUCAGAAGUUCGGCGCGUCGGAAAUGCCAUAGAAGAAUACCCAAAAUUUAUUCUUUGCUAUACUGGUAAAACACAAGGGAAAUUCGGAGUUGGAUUUAUAAUACAAAAGCAUCUUAAACAAUACAUGGAAAGCUAUGUAGGUAUGUCUGAACGGGUUGCUAUGCUAAAUUUAAAAAUAUCAGAAAAAAAGUUUACAAUCAUACAAGUAUACGCCCCAACAGAAGCAGCAGACGAAGAAGAAAUAAACACUUUCUAUGAAACCGUGUAUGAAGCAAUUGACAAGGCAUACAAAGAUUUUAUUUUGAUGGGGGACUUCAAUGCUAAAAUUGGUAUGCCACAAAAAGAUGAACUCUUAGUAAUGAAACAGUACGGGUACGGAACAAGAAACGAAAGAGGACAAAGACUCGUUGAUUUCGCCAUCCAAAAUAAGCUAGCUAUUAUUAAUACUUUUUACAAGAAAAAAGCAAAAAGGAGGUGGACUUGGCGAUCCCCAAACGGAAAACAUAAAAAUGAAAUAGACUUCAUACUAUCAAAUUUCCCUGACUUAUUUCAAGACAUAGAGACUCUAAGUGUAAAUUUUGCAUCAGACCAUAGACCGCUUAGAGCCAAAAUAUCACUCGCUAAGCAAAUAAAAAGAAGAACUAGAUUUGUUAAUAAGAAAAACAGUGCACUUAAAAACGAAGUAGAAAUAGAAAUAUAUAAAGAAAAUUUAAAAACUCAAUUAUCUCAACUCAACAUAGAGCCAGUAGAGAACUUCCAACUCGACAAAGACUCGUCAUGCACUCACAGAUAA